UCAAGGUGUGGAUAAGACCCAAUAUAGAUGGAAUAAUACGCAUUGUGCAUAUUUAAAUAGUAUUACCACAAAUUAAAAUAUUGUCUGUUUAUUAGAAUUCGUUUUUUUAAUUACAUAUUUAGAUAGCUACAACUUUUCUGUAUAUCGUUCAAGGCUUAUAUUGGACAAUAAUGUUAUAAAAAAAACACGAGAAAGAAGAGCAAAAAAAGUUCAUUUGAGAGGAAAUAAAACAUUAUAUACAGUGGAACUAAUUUUACAGAUAUAGUAACAGAGAAAAGAAACUCACAUUUUGAUUGGGAAGAAUUUUUUUUCUAUUCAAGCAGACUAUGGAAUUUCAACUUAUAGUUAAAUGCAAAAAGUUUAGCAGAAUGGAAUCUUAACAUUUAAAUAUCUAAAUGGAAUAAAAGAGCACCAUGGUGAAUUUGACAACUGUCUCUCCUAAUAUAACGGAAGUCGCUAAGCAUCACGUUGAGGAAAAACAAUCGGCAAUUUUAUUUUUCAUAUUUUGUUGUUGUGGCGUUGGAGCUUUAGUGAGAAGACUCCUGAAAGGAUUUAAGAUCCGUUUGCCGUACACAGUUGUCCUUCUUGUACUUGGGAUUUUAUUUGGACUACUUUCCGGACAGUAUGAUGAGAUCCAUAUUUAUGCCAAAGUGGUUGACUCUGAUCCACAUCUUAUACUCCACAUCUUCUUACCAGUCCUCAUUUUUGAAUCAGCCUUUGCCAUGGAUUUUCAUACCUUUGUUAAAACAUUUGUACAAGUUGUUGUCCUGGCUAUUCCUGGUCUUGCUUUGGCAUCAGUUUUUACCUGUUUGUUGGCCAGAUAUCUGUUUACAUAUGGAUGGAAUUGGAAUGAAGGGAUGAUGUUUGGUUCUAUCCUGAGUGCCACUGAUCCUGUGGCAGUUGUGGCAUUACUAAGCGACUUAGGUGCAUCAAAGAAAUUGGCAAUGGUGAUUGAGGGUGAAUCUCUUCUCAACGAUGGUGCAGCAAUCGUUUUUUUUAAUGUGUUUCUCAAGCUGACCACAGAAGAUUCUGGAAUCUCAGGUAAAUAA